AUGGGAUUUCGAGAGACAUUGAAUACAAUAGUUCAUGGAGGGGUGCCUCAACCAGAAUCGUAUGAGAGGAAGAAACUGUAUAAUUUUGGAGACGAGCUAGGAAGUGGAUCCUACGGCUAUGUCAAAGAGGCGACCAGACACUCUGAUCAUCAGAAAGUAGCUAUCAAAAUCAUACCCAAGUCGAAAGUCAAGAAUCGAUUUGAGAUUGUCCACAGAGAAAUGAACGUAUUAAAGGGUCUAUCUCAUCCUAACAUCAUAGGCUUUUAUGAUUGGUUUGAAUCUCGAGCUACCGGUGGUGAACUUUUUGAACGGUUAUUUGAAAGAGGCAAAUUCACUGAGAAAGAUGCUAUUGCUGUCAUCAAAUCUGUUUUGCAAGGAUUAGAAUAUCUCCAUCAGCACAACAUCGUUCACAGAGAUAUGAAACCUGAAAACUUGUUAUUUAAAACUCCAGAUAGUACAGCAGAAUUAGUUAUCUGCGAUUUUGGUAUCGCUAAGGAAUUGAAGGAUGAUGAUUUAGCAGUGCAAACUGUAUGCGGAUCACCGGGUUACGUUGCUCCCGAAGUACUUUCAAAGAAGCCUUAUAGCUUUCCUGUGGAUAUUUGGGGCGUAGGUGUGAUAACGUAUACAGUACUUUGCGGUUACCAACCUUUCCAAGCUGAAGACAACCUUCAAAUGAUGCACGAUAUAACAAACGCUCGGUAUGAAUUUCACGACCGCUAUUGGCGAAACAUAUCGUCUGAUGCCCGCAGCUUUAUUCGGAAAUGUCUUGCAUUGGACCCUCGCAAUAGACCUUCGGCCUCAGCAGCUUUAAAGGAUGGAUGGAUGACCGGACAAAAAGCAAAGGAGAUUGAUCUGUUGGAUACAGUGAUUGAGAAUUUUAACGCUCGUCGUACGUUUAAAAGCGCUGUCAGUGCUGUGAAAGCUAUGAAUAGAAUAAGAGCAAAAUCUAUUAACAGAGAAGAGGAAAGGAAGAAGAGAGGGUUAAUAUUAAGUAACAAUAUUGAUUCAUUAUCAAUUGAAUUGGCUGCGACAUCGAUAAGUGGAGCAACUGUAACGAAGGCUGUUACAAACAUGACUAACAACACAUCUGCAAUAUUGAAUGCAACUUCAGCAGCACCGGUAACUACUACAACAGUGAUCAAUGCGGACGCCAGCUAG